GGCUUGGAUAAUGUUUCACUUGACCUUUUUCCUCCGGUAAUGUCUCCCGCCAUAGCUUCCUCCAGUCCUCCUCCCUACACAACUUCAUUGAGUGGCGAGAAUCUCCGGCGUCUUCACCGCCUCGAUGCCAUCAAAUCUGUCGUGAACUCUACAGUCAGGAGCCAUCCUCUCAAUGCAGUCCAACCUCGCCCAAUCGAUUCUCUUCGCCGCGGCGACUGGGUUAAGCUCAUUUGCGGCGCUAGUUUCGAGGAUGCUGCGGAUAUUAGGAAUCUAUCUCUUGUUUACUCUCUUGCUGGAGGGGAUUGCACAGUGGAUUGCAUUGAUUGUGCGGCUGAUGAAUCGGUUGUGAAUGCUGUGAAUGAUGGUAUAGAUGCAGCAAUGAAUAUUGGCGCAGUUGAGAGGCCAUGGGUGAUGAUUAGUGUCAACGAUGACAAAGAAGAUCUCCACUUCCGUAAAGCAGAAUUUGACCCAGAGGAUUGCCCGCUUGACUGUUCAAGACCUUGUGAAAAGGUUUGUCCUGCAAAUGCAAUUUUACUAGAGAAUUCAUCAACAGGCAACCAUUCUUUAGGCAAACUCCAGGGCGGGGUUGUCACAGAACGUUGCUAUGGUUGUGGACGUUGCUUCCCAGUUUGCCCAUUUGAUAAAAUAAGUGCUAAGACUUACAUUAGGGAUCCUGCUGCGACAAGUGAACUCUUGAAGAGGAAUGAUGUGGAUGCCAUAGAAAUACAUACAACUGGCAGGCGCAUCGAUCUAUUCAAUGAGCUUUGGGAAAGCUUGGGAGAUUCUAUCAAACAUGUGAAACUGGUAGCAGUUAGCAUGCCUGAUGUUGGAAAGUCGACUUUCACCACAAUGACUGAAAUGUAUAAAAUAAUGGAAUCUCGUCUCAUUGGUUACAAUUUAUGGCAGUUGGAUGGUCGGCCCAUGAGUGGAGACAUUGGCCGAGGUGCAACAAGAGAAGCAAUUAACUUCGCAAUGCGUUUGGCAGCUUUACCAGACAGGCCUCAUGGUUUUUAUCAGCUGGCUGGUGGGACAAAUUUGCACACAAUCGAUAGUUUAAAGAAAGUGGGGCUUUUCAAAGCAAUCAAAUUUUCUGAGAAUGGGAUUGAAAAUACAAAUGCUGUGGGCAUUACUGAUUCUGUACAAGCCCUAAUUGGUGGAGUGGCUUAUGGAGGUUAUGCUCGAAAGGUACAAUCUGCUUGCAUACAUAUGCCGCUUUACGUUACCAUACCUAUUUUACUUUUUUGAUUUGUUCUUGAUGCA